UCCAAAUCAUCACUUUUCCCAACGAUCCGUGUAUUGGAAAUGCGGGCAAAAACGGAACUUGUUAUACACCAGAGGAAUGCACCUCUAAAGGCGGAAGCGGAGCAGGAACUUGUGCCCAAGGCUAUGGAGUCUGUUGCUCAUUUACUGUCACAUGUGGAGGAACUCGAUCGGAGAAUUGCACUUAUUUUGAAUCGUCGGGCAACGAAGCAGGUUCAUGCGUGGCCACAAUAUGCCCUUGCAGUGACAACAUAUGCCAGCUAAGGCUUGAUUUUGAUCAAUUCGUUAUAUCAGGCCCAUCAACUUCUGUUGACUCGCUAUUUAAGACCGCAUUUGGACAACCUGCCACGGCUGGCUCAAAAAGCAAUCUGGCCGGCGCAUGUUUGACGGAUUCCUUCUCCGUGUCCAGCCCAUCUGGAUGCGCACCACCUGCGAUUUGUGGCACGAAUAGUGGCCAACAUAUGUAUGUUGAUGCCUCGGAGGCUUGUAAUGAUUUGAGAUUCGUUCUUGGAAAUCAAGGCGUCGGGACCGGUCUGGCUAAUCGACAAUGGAGUGUUAAGGUUACCCAAUACAGUUGCGAUUUCAAAAACCUUGCUCCAGAAGGAUGCACGCAAUACUUUUUCGGCUCUACAACCGACGUAAUCCAGACUUACAACUUUGGAAAUGGUCGUCAUCUGGCUGAGCAAAACCAAAACAUAUGCAUCAGACGGGAGCGCGGAAAUUGCAAGAUAUGUUACACCGCCAUAGAUGUUAUUGAUGUCUCUGUCAAUGGACUUGAAGAGGUCGGUCUCAUUUUCAUGGACACCAAAUGCUGUGGGUACACUCCUGUGGGGUUACCGGAAAUGGGCUUCGAUUGUAUUGUCAUCCCUGGACUGAGGAAAAGUGUGGCCCCGAGUACUCUUGUCGGAGAUUCAGUUUGUGGGAACGGUGCGGGUUUGGUAUCCGUGGAUGCAAACGCAGCUGACAUGACCAAGACACUUUGCACCAAGCGCCAACCAUUCAACGUUCGCUUCCGGAGUGAUAGUUUUGAGACAGAAGCAGAAUUGGGGAUUUUGGGGUUUCGGUUGGUGUAUUCUCAAAAUUCGAACGGAUGUUGAUGGAGGCAAAGAAGAAGAUUAGCACGUCACGUUUAGAAAAACAUUAUAACUGUCACCAGUUUUCAUAGACUAUAUUCACUUGCUACUACUUAUCAUAUUGCGAUUUUGAAUGAAAAUUUAUGUGUUGCCAAAAUAGUAUCUAUCAUUAUUGAACUCUCCCAUUUU